UGGUUAAGUAUAUUAUACGCGUGCGCAUUGGAAAAGGAUAGAGGGAAAGAGAUCGUGGGACGGCAUUGGUAGUGGUGACGCGUUCGGUAAGAGGGAGAUGGUAUAGUCGCGUCAUAAAAGUGGGGGACGGAAUCUCCCCUUGCAAGCAGAAGCAACGAACAGUUUCUCGGCUCCCGACACGGGUAUCCUACAGUCGACGAGUUAGUUCUCUAGAGUGAAAGAGGGAGAGAAAGUCUAGUAAUAUAUACAAGAGAGAGAGAGAGAGGGGGGAGAAAGAGACUCUACCAGACGAAUCGAAGAAGAAACGAGAGAGAGAGAGAGAGACAGACAGAGAAGAAAGAAAGGGAGAGAGGGAAGAAUAAGAGAGAUAGGGAAAGGGCGCGCAGGAAGUAGAAAGAGAAAAGCAAAAGGGAACGCAACUUCGGUAGAACUCGCGCGCGCAGUUGUGUCCUCGUGUCGUACGGCAUUUCUGAACGCAGCCAUUACAGAAGAGAACUGCUCGGUGACGGGUCUGUGCUUUACAGACGGUCCUAGUGCAUAGUCGCCGUUUAAUACAGCACUCGUGCGCGUAGUGAUUCGAUCUCGAAGCGCAACAGGAGGAGGACGCGCGCGCUAUCUUCGAUAGUCGUCGUCAACAAGCACGUGGUUCAUUCACGUUUUCGCCUAUAUAAAGAAUAAACACGGUGCUGCUGCUGCAAGGUGGUCGUUGCACCGCGUUUCUUCACGGAAGAAGAAAAAGAAAAAAACGAAAGGAAGUUUCUGUAAUUGAGACUAUUGUUUACAUUAUUUGACUUUUUGUUUUUCAAAAAAUCCUCUCUGUUUAUCAUUGUGAUUACAAUUAAGAGAGAAGGAUAACAUUUCUUGUUACGGAAAAGGAAGUGGACGAAAAGACAAAUUUAUUAUUGAAAUUAUACGAUUAUUAUAGUAUAAGAGAAAAACAGCAAUCAUGUUUGAUGUUUUUGGCUCAGUGAAGGGUCUACUCAAGUUAGACUCCGUGUGCAUCGACAAUAAUGUAUUUCGUUUGCAUUAUAAAGCAACCGUGAUCAUACUGAUCGCGUUUUCCUUGCUGGUAACCUCGAGACAGUAUAUCGGCGACCCUAUCGACUGUAUUGUUGAUGAAAUACCGGCCAACGUAAUGGACACUUAUUGCUGGAUCUAUUCAACCUUUACCGUACCAAAUCGUGGUGGUAUAGUUGGUCAGGACGUCGCACACGCUGGUGUACGUAAUCACGUAGAAGGGGUGGAUGAAGUUAAAUAUCACAAGUAUUAUCAGUGGGUAUGUUUCACCCUAUUUUUCCAAGCGAUAUUAUUUUACGUGCCACGUUAUCUUUGGAAAAAUUGGGAAGCCGGUAGGAUUAAGAUGUUAAUGCUCGACCUUAAUUGCCAUCUUACCAACGAAGAAAUCAAAUGCGAGAGAAGAAAAUUAUUGGUCGAUUAUUUGGCAUUGAAUUUGCAUUCUCAAAACUUUUACGCUUAUCGAUUUUUCUUCUGCGAAAUUUUGAAUUUCAUCAACGUCGUUGGACAAAUAUACUUCAUGGAUUUCUUUUUGGAUGGAGAAUUUUCAACAUACGGCUCUGACGUAGUCAAAUUCACCGAAUUAGAACCGGAGGAUCGGGAUGAUCCUAUGUCCCGUGUGUUCCCAAAGGUAACCAAGUGUACCUUCCACAAAUAUGGUGCUUCCGGUACGGUACAAAAGUUCGACGGACUCUGCGUACUUCCAUUGAACAUCGUCAACGAGAAGAUCUACGUGUUCCUAUGGUUCUGGUUCAUUAUCCUUGCUGUAUUGAGCGGUCUCAGUUUGGCUUAUCGUGCUGCUGUUAUUGCCGGACCAAAGUUGCGUUUAAUGUUGCUUCGUGCCCGUUCACGUUUAUCCGACAAACAUGAUAUCGAAAUGAUCGCACAAAAAUGUCAAAUAGGCGAUUGGUUCAUCCUUUAUCAAUUGGGUAAGAAUAUCGACCCGUUGGUUUACAAGCAACUUGUAUCAGAUCUUGCCUUAAAGUUACAGGGCAAAGAAACGGUCUAAUCAAUUUCAUUUUUGUUACAAUUCAAUCAUUGCUGUUUUAUCCAAUUUUUGUCCUGAAAGUCAUUCGUUAUUAAAAAAAAAAAAAUAGUCAUUGUGAAAAAAUAAAAAAGAUAGGAGAAUGAGAAGUCGAGGAUAUAAAAAUCCAUGGAUUAUUUUCAAUCGAAAAUCCAACGCAAUCGCAAGAAUCUUUUUCUUUGUUUUCGUCGACUGAUCCUCUCGUGGUAUCUCAAAAUAAUAAUAAUAAAAAUAAUUAUUUGAGAAUUCAUUUCGUUUACGAAAGGAUCCAGUCAUGAUUAUCUAUUUAAUACGCCACACACAUGCUUGUUGAUAGCGCUUUAAGAAAAAUAAAUAAAAAAAAAAAAAAAA